UUUCCUCCAUGGCCAAGCCCAGAAGGGUCUGCAGCCUUCUGCUGAGGAUCCUGGCCUUGGGAGCCACCGUCUCCGCCACCAUUCUCAUGGUCACCAGCCACCAGACGGUUAACUAUUUAACCAUUCCCUUCGAAGCCAAAUAUAGCAACUCACCCGCCUUCAUGUAUUUCGUGAUUGCAAAUGCUAUAGUAAGCGUGUAUGGACUGCUGGUGCUAUUCCUUCCUUCAGAGAGUCAGCUAUGGCGAUUAGUGGUUGCCCUAGACGUGGUUUUUGGCAUGUUGUUAGCUUCCAGUGUAUCGGCUGCCUUGGCAGUUGCGUACGUGGGGAAGAAAGGGAAUUCUCAUGCAGGUUGGCAACCCAUCUGCGACCAGGUUCACAAGUACUGCGACCAUGUGACGGCGGCCCUGGCGACUGGCUUCAUCGGACUCAUACUCUAUGUCUUGCUUCUCCUCUACUCCGUGCACGCUGUGCUUAAUCCUCUUCUUGUGGACUAGUCCAAGGCCUAGGUCUACGCCACAACUCCCAAGCGACGGAUGGAAUAUUUAUUAAUGUAUUAUAUUUUUGUUAGGAGUAGUAGGUAGGCAACAAUUUGAAGCUGCUCGAUCAUAUUUUGUGCAGAUAUGAAUCAAUUGUAUGAUCAGUGCAAAAUUCUUGAUCUGCUUGGCAUAACUUUCGUCAGAACUUAAUUGCAGCUCCAGACUUUGCUGGAAUAUAUA